CUCAAUGAAGUUCACGUCUGCUCUUGUGCUUUCCGCCGCCGCCGCGUUUGCCGCCGCGUCGUCCCUGGAAGGCGACGCCGACGACAACCGGCUGUGCCACGCCCAAACUGCGGGGUACCUCGACAAGCUAGUCGCUGGCUCGUACGUCACCAACGGGUUCUUCGACUGCUUCCGCACCCAGGAGCAGAUCUUCGAGUUGUUGGACACACUCCAAAAGAAGCACCCGACGUUGAUCACCCGCCACGAAGUGUCCAAGUCGGUGAACGGCCUCGUCAUUCCCGGCUACAAGGUGGCCAACGGCAAGAACGCCAAGGCCAUCUACGUCCAGGCGACCCAGCACGCCCGUGAGUGGGCGUCCACGUCCGGCUCCCUGUACGCUCUCGCGGCCACACUGGACGACGUGAUCAACAAGAAGCCCUCCCCCCUCGACCACUAUGACGUGGUCGUCGUGCCCAUUGUCAACAUCGACAGCUACAUCAAGACAUGGACCACCAACCGUCUCAUCCGCACCAACGUCAAUGGCGUCGACUUGAACCGGAACUGGCCGUCCCCGUACUGGAACGCCGACAACCAGCCCCCCGGGUCGCAAACGUACCCCGGCAAGGCCAUCUUGAGCGAGCCCGAGACGUUGGGCAUCCACAAGUGGCUCCAGGCGAACGCCGCCACCAUCGACGGCGGCAUCGACGUCCACUCCAACGCCGCGUCCGUCCUGUUCCCGUUCGGAGAUUCCAAGGUCGACCCCGUCGAACCGUACCUGGCCAAGUACAAAGUCCUCGGCAAGGCCGUGCAAACGGCCAUCGCCGGCGCCGGCGGCAACUACGACCUCGCCCAGCGCCUGUACCUCACGUACGGCAACUUCCGCGACUACACGUUCCGCAACUACACCAAGCCAGGCCUGACCAUCGAAGUGGACGGCGUGGACUUUGUUGUGCCCGUGUCCACCAUCCGACAAGUAGGCAAAGAAGUGUACGCCGGCCUCAAGGCGUACUCGACCGCCGCCGUCGACUUCAAUGGCGGCACGACCUCCCCAACUCCCACCACCACCAAGCCGGCUUGUUAACCAGUGUGUGGCUACGGUCGUCCGUGUUGCGUUGAUAUUAAUAUUUGUUUGCUAACACAUCUUGCACUAACUACUACUAAACGUGGGCCCAACCAUACUCCAACCUG